AUGGCAUCGGCCACCGUCUCCCGCGCCUGGCGCUCCCUUCCCUCCCAGCUUGCUCGCCCGCGUGUCCAUCUCUCCCCUCGUGCACCCCGUCAGCCUCUCUUGCAACUCCGUCAAUAUGUCCAGGCAGGCCAUUACCAGCCUUUCGUCCCCCCCUCGCCAGCCUCCCUAGGUAGACCUACCAAGGCCAAAACCUACGAUCGCACCCGAAAAUGGCUUCGUCGGCUGUUCUACCUCUCGCUAGCCACCGGCACCGUCUACGUUCUCGACACCCAAUUCUACGCCUCGUCUCUGACACGGACGGCUCGCACCUUUAGCUUGGGUCUUCUGGUAGCCCUGGAUUACAAGAUAAACUUCCGUCCCAACCCGCCGCUGGCCAGAGACAUCAACGCCGUACACACCCGCAAUGCUGAGCGUCUGUCCGACCUCCUGCGUCACAAUGGCGGUCUGUACUUGAAGAUCGGCCAGGCCAUCGCUAUGCAGUCCGCUAUCCUGCCCCCGGAAUUUCAGAAAAUGUUCUCGCGCAUGUUCGAUGACGCCCCUCAGAACGACUGGAAAGAUGUCGAGAAGGUCAUCCGCGAGGACUUUGGCCGCUCCGCUGAGGAGGUUUUUGGCGUCUCCUUCUCUGGUGAGCCCGGCAAGGGUGUUAUGGAGCGGGCUGCGCGCGCGAGUGCCAGUGUAGCACAGGUACAUUGGGCGCGUCUUCCGGAUGGUCGUGAGGUGGCAAUCAAAAUACAGAAACGUGAAAUCGCUCAACAGCUGAAAUGGGAUCUGUGGGCUUUCAAAGUCGUUGCCUGGAUCUACAGCCGUACCUUUGAUAUCCCAUUCUACAGCUUGGUUCCUUAUGUGUCUGAGCGUCUCUCCCUUGAGACCGACUUUGAGAAUGAGGCCGACAACUCCGAGCACAUGGCGCGUUUGGUCGCCGGAGAGUCCCGUCUCCGCGGCCGCGUGUACAUUCCGAAGGUCUACCGCGAGCUCAGCUCUAAGCGUGUCAUGACCGCCGAGUGGAUUGAAGGUGUCCGCCUCUGGGACAAGGACUCCAUCACGCGGACUUGGCGUGGCGGUUGGCGCAGCGGCACCCCAGGCUGCCAUGGCACGCCUCUCGAUGCGCGCAACACCGAAGACCUUGUCGCCAAAGUGGCUCGCAAUCCGAACCUUACGACCAAGAUUAAGCCCGAGCGCGAUCACUGGCGCGGUGGAUACGCCCGCGCUGGUCUCGGCCUUUCUCUUAAGGAAGUCAUGACUACUAUGGUAGACCUCUUCUCCGCACAAAUGUUCCUCUGGGGCAUAGUCCACUGCGAUCCGCACCCAGGCAACAUCUUCAUCCGCCGGACUCCUUCCGGUCAUCCGGAGCUUGUCCUCAUCGAUCACGGACUCUACAUCCAGAUGGACACCGAAUUCCGACACCAGUACGCCCGCUUCUGGAAAGCCCUUCUCACCUUCGAUAACACCACCCUUAACUCCAUCGUGCGCGGCUGGGGCGUCCAGAAUGCUGACCUCUUCGCCUCUGCGACCCUGAUGCGACCUUACCGCGGCGGCGACCUCUCGACGCACCGCUCCUUCGAAGGGCUCAGCAAAUCUGAGCGUGCCACGCGCCACUACGAAAUGCAGCAAGCUGCCCGCAAAGCAAUUCGUGACAUACUCGGCGAUGAGUCCAAAUGGCCCCGCCCACUGAUCUUCAUUGGCCGCAACCUUCGCAUCGUUCAGGCCAACAACCAGUUCCUGGGCUCGCCCGUCAACCGCGUCAAGAUUACCGGAACUUGGGCGUCCCGCGCGCUUGUCGAGUCUCCGGACUUGUCGGCAUCGGAGAAGCUGAGGAACUUUGGUCGCCAUCUGCUGUUCCGCGUAGUGCUGUUCAGCACGGACCUGUUUUUCUGGUUCACGAAGGUGCGGCAGUUCUUGAGACUUGGUGGUGGUAUGGAGGAUAGCAUUGAGGCGCAGAUGCAGGGAAUGGCCAAGGAUAUGGGUGUGGAGCUGAGUCAAAAUGUCUUCGAGGGUUAG